CGAGAGUUGUGUCGGUGUACAAACAUGUCGGCGUUCAAGAGAAAACGUGGAGGACAGCUUGCUGGGAAAAAGGCGAAGAAAGUCAAAUUUGUUGCAGAUGCAGGUGAAGCUGAGCAAGAGAAGAAAAAUGAAGUCACAAUCCCAGCACCGGUUUCGUCGGGUAAAUGGACAAACAAGGAAAGGGUUCUCAUUUUCUCCUCAAGAGGCAUCAACUUCAGAACAAGACACUUGAUGCAAGACCUGAGGACCAUGAUGCCUCAUUCAAAAGCAGAUACAAAAAUGGACAGAAAGGACAAGUUGUUUGUUGUUAAUGAGGUGUGUGAAAUCAAAAACUGCAACAAAUGCCUCUUUUUCGAGGCCAAGAAGAAGCAGGACCUCUACAUGUGGAUUUCAAACAGCCCUCAUGGACCUUCUGCAAAGUUCCUGGUCCAAAACAUUCAUACACUGGCUGAACUCAAGAUGACAGGAAACUGCCUCAAAGGAUCCAGGCCGCUGCUCUCAUUCGAUCCUAAAUUUGACAAAGAGCCCCACUAUGCUUUACUGAAGGAGCUCUUCACCCAGACAUUUUCCACUCCACGCUACCACCCUAAGAGUCAGCCUUUUGUGGACCACGUCUUCACAUUCACCAUCGCAGACAAUAGGAUAUGGUUCAGAAACUAUCAGAUCAUCGAGGAGGAUGCCUCUCUAGUAGAGAUCGGCCCUCGCUUUGUUCUCAAUCUCAUCAAGGUCUUUCAGGGGAGCUUUGGAGGGCCGACGCUCUAUGAAAACCCAGACUUCCGGUCUCCUAACAUGCACCGGCGACAGAUCCGACUGGCGGCGGCAGCCAGGGUGCGUGAGAAGCAGAUGGUGAAGGAGAUGCAGAAAAUGAAGAGGACCGAUGCGAAGGAUGAUUUGACCAGAGAUGUUACAGCUGACGUAUUCAUGACACCAGCCGAUGAGACGCCUGUUCACAUUGAGACAGAAGCACCUGCGCCGAAACCGGUGAAGAAGAACAAACACAAAGCGUUCAAAAGACAGAGGAUGGCACGCAGGUAACUGGAUGGACUGGAUUAAGCUGAGCGAAUGGCUUACUGCUGCCGCGAUGCGAAGAAAAUGUGAUAAUGCUACGGUUCAGUCAGGUCUGAAGUCCAAUAUUAUGAGCUUUUUGUCUUUUUUACAGAAAGACUGUGCAACACGUUAUUAUCAUAUGACAACACGAGAAAAUCUUAAAUAUGCAUAUGUUGUGUUCAGUGUCUGUUGCCAUAGUUUAUGGAUUCACACAAUAUAUAUUUAGCUCCCUCACUCAGGAGGAUUGCAGUCUAGCUGCCAUUAAGGCCUCUGUUUCUACAAUACUGCAAACUAUAUUUGCCCAUCCAUUUUUGAUAAAAGUAAAUAUUCCAGUGUAAAAAACAAACAUGUUUAUUGCUUUUGAGUGAUUACAGUUGUUUUGUAAGUCAUGGAAAUAAAAUGAUUUACAUAC